GACAUGAACUGUAAAAACUUGGCAGGAUCAUGAAUUAAGGUCGUGUUUGAUCUGUCUGGUCUUUGACACAUCUUACCCAACAACAAAUGUUGCGUGAUUUUAGCCACGGAUCUUUUGGCAGGAUUAAUGUGAUACAUUUCAGAUCCAACGUGAUCCCUUCGUGCUCCUUAUACUUGCAAAUGAACUCACAUUUAGAGGAUUUAUCAAUGACCCCGGAUGGAUAACCUGAACUUUCCUGUUUGGUCUUGAGGAACAUUUUAAUAUAUUUCGUAAAAAGCUCAUCAGACCUUUUAGGAAAGUGCCACACUUCAAACACUUUUAGAAUUUUGUAACCUUUUUUGACAGCUUUCUCUAUUUCAACAGAAGCCCAUCUUCUGACUAUAUUUCCUGUUUAAGACCUUGACAUAACAAGUUCUUAAACUCUAGCUGCACUUGCAUCCGUCUUCAAAUCGUGACAUCGUCUCAGGGAGUUUUUCCUCACCACCGGCAUCUCUGGCUUGCUCAUGGUCUGAAGAUGGUGCUCUUCAGUGCACUGUUCUCUAAACUGUUGCUGCUGCACAUCGGGCUGCAUCUGACUGCUGGAGACAUGGAAGAACUGAGUAAACAGAGACCACCAGGUAUUUCUCUAAUGUCACCAUGUCCACCAGGUCCAUCAUGUCCGGUCCAUCAUGUCCGGUAUGUCCACCAGGUCCACAAGGACCACCAGGUAUAUCAGGUCGACCAGGUCCAGCAGGACUACCAGGUUUUCCAGGACCAUCAGGUCAACCGGGUGCACCAGGUCAAAAUGACUGUCUGCAGGAGGAAAUCAGGAAUCUUAGAACAAGACUGUCCUUGUUGGAGAAAGCCACAAGUUUCCAGACAUUCAUUAAUGUUGGGCAGAAAUACUAUGUGACCGAAGGACAUGCAAAGAACUUCGAGGAUGGCUUGGGAUUGUGCCAGAAUUCUGGAGGAACUCUUGCCUUACCCAGGAAUGAGGAAGAAAACCAAGUACUGUCUAAACUACUCGCGAUUGUGAAAUCGGAAUAUCUGUUUCUAGGAACGGGUGACCGUAAAAUGGAAAGUGUCUUCAUAGAUACAGAGGGGAAAACUUUAAAUUUCUUUAAAUGGGAUAAAGGGGAACCAAACAAUUCUGGAGGGGAAGAAGACUGUGUUGUAAUGGGCACCGGUGGAGUCUGGAUUGACAUACCAUGUGAAAACCAAAAGCUCAUAGUUUGUGAGCUAACUUAGUCACAUGCUAUUGCAAAUACUGUAUCUGAAAGACCAAAACCGCAUUUAAGAAGUCUAGUUAAAAGGAAUUGUAAUUGUUAUGAUAAUGCGAUAAUGCUGUUAAUGCUGUGUUUAUGACUCAGGGUCUGAUUUACUGACCUUUUUUGAAGCAAUAUUAAAAAUCUUUCAAUUUU